GCUGCCGCAGGCCACGCGAGCCCCGGGGAAGGACCUGCCCUCCCUCGCCCUGCCCUGUCCCGGACUGAACUCCGCAAGGUCUCCCCAGGGGACUCUACUAGUCUGUCCCCCGCCGUCCUCCUGGCCCGCGCACCGGGCGACAGGUGCUGCGGGCGCCGCCGCUCUCCUGGAAAUGCGAGCUACCUGCACAGUGACAUUUCUGAAAAGACCCCUUCACUUGCUUCAGCAUCAAGAGACCAAAUGAGCCUGGCCUUCAGGGACUCACAGAAACCAGGACCCAGAGAUGGGCCAAAGACACCAUCAGGCAAAAAAGUGAGGGCACCAUCCUCACUCUUGUCCCGGAAAUGGAAGCUCGACCGCGAGCAGUGUCUGGCAAUGGCCUACGUGCCAGUCGUGGUGGCCCCUCAGGGGCAGAAGGUGGACAAGCAGAGGUUCAGUUUCUACACUUCCCAGUAUUCCAAUUCCCUGAACCCCUUCUACACCUUGCAGAAGCCUACCUGUGGCUACCUGUACCGCAGGGACACCGACCACACCCGCAAGCGCUUUGACGUGCCUCCUGCCAACCUGGUCUUGUGGUCCCCCUAG